AUAUUUAUUAAUUUUAUCAUCAAAUAAAAACAACAGUAUUUGUUAUUAUUUAAAAAGAUAUUAACAAAAUGACCAACAGUUGAUAUUUUCAUUGAAAAGUUUAAAUGAGUAAAAACAGAACACCAUGUUUUGAGUUCCACUGGCUUCUCCACUGUUUUUUGUGGAUUGUGAAAUAAAAGUACCUAUAUAUUUUUAAAUAAUGGCUGAUAGGCUCACUCAGCUACAAGACUGUAUUAAUAAGCAAGCUGAACAUUUCUGUAACAGUGUUGGUAUACUUCAGCAAUUUGCUCCUCCCAGCAAAUUCCCUAAUUUUGAUAGGAGCGGAUCUCUUACUCCUCAACAACAACAGAGUCAAGAAGAUUAUGUUCAGUUGUUUACCACUUUGAUUGCAAGAUGUGCUAAAGAUAUAGAUACUCUCAUUGAAUCACUGCCUAGUGAAGAAAAUUCAACAGAGUUGCAGGUACCUACAGUGGGCAUGAGAAAACAGGUAUGGCAAAAAGUUGCAAAAGAUUGUUGUCAUUUGCAUAAUAAAAUAGAUGCAAAACAGUGUGAAACUAAAUGGAAGUCACUUAAGAGAACUUACAAAAACGUUUUGAACCACAACAAUACCUCAGGGCAGAAAAAGCGUUGGUGGGAAUUCUUCGAUGCCAUGAACAGAAUAAUGUUCAAUAAACCCGAAAUCAUUACAAUAGCAACAUGCAGUAGUAUGUCAGGCUUGAAGAUUAAUAAAGAUCAUCCUGAGAAAUCAAAUUCAGGGGGCAGAACAGAUGAAAAAAAAGAUGAUCUUGAAGAAGGAAGAAGUGACAGUUCAUUUGCUAAAAAAAGAAAAUUAAAAUCUAAUGAUGCUGAACGUAGGCACAAAGAAAAAAUGGAGCGAUUGGAUAAAUUCAAUAACCUUUUUGAGAAAAUGGUAGAAAAAUUGUAACAUUUUUGUUAGACUCGCCAAAUUGUUCUCGUUAUUAAUAUCUGGCCCUGGUAGGUAGUUAUAAGACACAAUAAUUAGAAAAAAAAGUGAUGUGUUACUUAUUUACUUCUUAGUUUUGUAAUUCCAUA